GUGCGCUCCUAUCCACCUGCUGGAAAUUUGAGCAAAGGACGUUUUGUUUUCGCACGGAAUCCUCAACUGAAAUAAGAAAUGGAGUUCUCCACUUCUGCCGCUGCUGCUUCCGCUCCUGCUGCUGCUAAGGAUAAUUUUUCCGACUUCUACUCGGUGCCAGUAAUCCCUUUCAAUGUUACAUUCUCCGAAGAUCUCAUGCUUGUGCCUUCAAAAAGCAACGAGAGCAGCAGAGUCACAGCAAGGGACACUACAAGUCUCAUCAUCGCAGUUUGUGUCACGGCUCUCUACUCCCUAAUCUGUGUGGUGGGACUGCUGGGAAACGUCCUUGUUAUGUACGGGGUGGUCAGGUACACCAAGAUGAAGACCGCCACUAACAUCUACAUCUUCAAUCUGGCUCUUGCCGAUGCCCUGGCCACUAGCACUCUUCCCUUCCAGAGUGCCAAGUAUCUGAUGAACACAUGGCCCUUUGGAGAGCUGUUGUGUAAACUGGUCAUUGCCAUUGACUACUACAACAUGUUCACCAGCAUCUUCACUCUCACCAUGAUGAGCGUGGACCGGUACAUUGCUGUGUGCCACCCCGUGAAGGCCCUGGACUUCCGCACACCUGCCAAAGCCAAGCUCAUCAACGUCUGCAUCUGGAUCCUGUCCUCUGCCAUCGGAGUCCCUAUAAUGAUCAUGGCGGUUACCAAGGUGACGGAGAAAGGCAACACUGUCUGUACACUGAAUUUUCCCAAACCACAGUGGUACUGGGACACAGUGACAAAGAUCUGUGUGUUCAUCUUUGCCUUUGUGGUGCCUGUCCUGGUCAUCACUGUCUGCUACAGUCUGAUGAUCCUGCGACUAAAGAGUGUCCGUCUGCUAUCUGGUUCCAAGGAGAAGGACAAGAACCUGCGGCGGAUCACCCGCAUGGUCCUGGUGAUUGUGGCAGCCUUCAUCAUCUGCUGGACUCCCAUUCACAUCUUCAUCAGUGUCAAGACCAUGGUGGAGGUUGACCAGAAGAACCCUCUGGUUGUAGCCAGCUGGCAUCUCUGCAUCGCCCUGGGCUACCUCAACAGCAGUCUCAACCCCGUUCUGUACGCCUUCUUGGAUGAGAACUUCAAGAGGUGUUUCAGGGAUUUCUGCCUGCCUUAUCGUUCCCACAUGGAGCAGAGCAGCUUCACCAGGGCCCGAAAUACAACACGGGAGCCUGUGUCCGUUUGUGCCCUUGAAGAAACAGCGAGGAAGCCUGUAUGACUAGGCAUGGAUGAGCGGGCUGGAGACUCUGGCC